AUGAACUCGCUCUAUCCUUCCAGGUUGCCAACGAAGCCUAGGACCCUCGCGUCCGCCGACCAAUCGAGGCAAGAUACUGGCACAAUUUCCCAAACGCCUGGUGCAGCCUUGCCUUACGAGCCUUUGGCGGAAGGUCAAAUCCGGUUGCUCAGGUUCACGAAUGACGAAAGCUCUGACGGCGGAACUCUCCGGUUCGAGCUCUUCCACGCGAAACUGAGCCAGAGACCGGACUAUGUGGCUUUAUCAUACUCUUGGGGACAGGAUGCUGCUCACGGCAGAGUAAGUAUUCUGGUGAGCAACAAAAGGUACGAAGUCUCUCAAAAUCUUGCAGACGCGCUUCGCAAGCUGAAAGAAAACAAAAUUUCCACCGUCUGGGUUGAUGCCAUCUGCAUCAAUCAGCGAGACACUAUUGAGAAAAGUCGAGAAAUAGUCAGAAUGUUCGCGAUCUACAGGAUGGCAAAAUUGGUGGUCAUUUGGCUCGGUGCUAAUACCGGGCCAGAAGAAGAUAUCCGAGACCUUCUGAGGGCAACAGCUGAUCUGGAGAAACCGGUCAAUAAACAACAUCAUAACGGCAACCUGGACUCAAACUUGAAAGCCCUUGAGCGGCUGCUUUCACAGACAUAUUGGCAUCGUGUGUGGAUUAUACAAGAGGUGGCAGCAGCAAAAAGGGCGCAGAUAUUCUGGGGCUCCUACAUCUUGGAGUUGCGAUCACUAGAAAUACUUCUGCGAGAAAGGGGUCGCUCACUCGACAGAGACGAAGACCCUCGUGGCCUCGCCCAGAAAGUGGUGUCUGUCCGGGCUGCCUGCCGAGCACAGCAGAAGCCACGGCUGAUGGACAUCCUGGCCAUGACGAGCAUGUCCGAAACGAGCGUCUUGAGGGACAAAGUCUAUGGACUUCUGGGUCUUGCAUCAGAUUGGGCUGAUUUCGUCCAAGAGCCCAACUACUCUCAAGCGGUAUCAGAGAACGAGCUUUGCGUUGAGAUGACGUCCAAUCACAUCAAUUGGUACAGCUCUGCAGACAUUAUAUUCCUCCGGAGUGUGGAUGACCACCAGAGGGAACUGCCUUCGUGGUGUCCAGACUAUUUCCACUUUCGAGCGCAUCAAUUCGACAGGAAUCUGAUCCCAUACAUAUGCGGUCGAGAUGUCAAUCUAGGAUGGGAGAGGAGGAGGGUGUUUGGCCAAGAAUCUCCCAAUAUGAACGAAGUCAUCCCCGACACCUUUCGCGUCAACGGUAGCAAACUCACCCUGAAAGGCAGCUGUAUUGGCCGAAUCUCGGCAUUGGGCACUCUGGUGGACGAAGAUGUCCUGGCUUCCAGAGUCAGCACCCGCUUUUCCACGUCAGACAUUACGGAUCCCGACAUUGGGAAGACCUUCCGGCGGCUGCUGCUGAUCUGCCACAACCAGACCUUCGGCCUGCAACCGUCCUCGGCGUUCUUCUCGCUGCUCUUCUCGCUACCAGACCACGUCUUUCAGGCCAGAGGCUACCUAGGGGUCAAACAGUGGCUAGAGCGACAGAAGGACCUCCUAGAAAGAUUCGAAGUGAAGCUAGCGCCCAGCUCCGACGACUACGCCUUUGUUUCCCGCCGGGGCGGCAGCGGCGGCCUCAGUCCCGCAUCCAAGGUGUUGCCCGAGUGGAGAGAGUUCUUCAGCAUGAGCGAGGACCACACCAUCAGCCGGCGCGGCGAGCAUCCCCUCUACUCGAUGCUGCAGUCAAUCUCGUCCAUUCUUGACGAACACCUCCGCCUCAUGUUCAUCCAGGAUCAAGCCCUCCUGGGAUGGGCGCACCGCGACGCAGAGCCCGAUGACACCGUCUGGCAUCUGGAAGGCUGUACGCUCCAAGCCAUCCUACGGAAAUCACCAGAGCUGUCCGGACGAUAUGGUCAAGACAUCUACAGGCUGGUGGGCCACGCGUACGUCGAUCCUGUUCUGGCGAGUGGUCGGUGGAUGGCGAAGGAGAGUAGGAGUAGGUUGGUGAAUCUGUGCUGA